GUGAGAUAGAUAAAGUAUACUAGGGUAAAAGAAAGAUCCGAUUAGUACAAUUUUUUGCCACUUUUCCGAAGUACAGACUAAACAAGGAAUAAGAAAUGUCAUUAAAAAUAAAUCAGGUGCGUCUUAACCAAAGGUCUUAACUGUAGUGUUGUAGCUGUAUAACAACAAGCGGCGUCUUUAUGAGUAGGUGAAACGGCUUCCAUUAUCACAAGACAGCUGUCGCUGUCACUUGCGUCAUAAUCCCCUACUAAACCCACUUGCUGGGCUAUCAAGGUAACAUUCGUCAAAUCUUGCAGUUUGCAGUAAUUGUAAAUACGAUCGAGUAAAUUCUACAACAUUUAAAAUGAUCCAGUUUAAGUUUACAGUGAUAUUCAUAAGCUUUUUUCUUGUCUUCAAGUUAACCUACGCAACAGAUACUAGUCAAGUGUCUACAAAUGAAAGGCAAAACCGUGGAUCGAUAUUCGAAGAGUCAUUACAGUCGCAAUUGAUAAAUACUUACGGCAGCAAAUAUGACCGUAUGUUACAGAAACUUUCAAGGUCGAAAAGACUAAGUGAGAGUAAUUCUAGCGAAUCAAGUAGUAUUGCCAGUGACAAUGGAAACUCGUCUAGCAGUUCAUCUACAGAAAGCCCGCACGUCAUUUAUGAAUUCGGUGCCUCCAAUACUUCUUUAUUCGCGGUGGUGCCAGUUAACGCUUCGCCGUCCACACCACCCAAUGCGUCCUCUGUCGGACCUUCCGACGCUGCGCCACUGCCGGAAAAAAGUUCUGCCGAGGAUGAACACAACAGUUCCAUGGCUAUAUUCUUCGUGCUGUGUAUUUUGGCUCUUGGGAUUCUCCUGAUACACAUUAUGCUACAAACUGGAUUCUCCUAUCUGCCUGAGAGUGUUGUUAUCGUUUUCCUAGGAGCCUUAAUUGGAAUGAUCAUAAACAUGAUGUCCAUUCGUAACAUCGCGAAUUGGCGUAAAGAAGAAGCAUUCUCACCAACAGCUUUCUUUUUGGUACUUUUACCACCUAUUAUAUUUGAGUCUGGAUACAAUUUACACAAGGGCAACUUUUUCCAAAAUAUUGGUUCAAUAUUGCUAUUUGCUAUUGUUGGUACAGCUAUAUCUGCAUUUGUUAUUGGAGCUGGGAUUUAUUUAUUGGGGUUAGCACAGGUAGUGUACAAGCUGAGUUUUGUGGAAUCCUUUGCCUUUGGUUCCCUUAUAUCUGCUGUAGACCCCGUGGCUACAGUGGCUAUAUUUCAUGCUCUCGAUGUGGACCCUGUGUUGAACAUGUUGGUAUUUGGAGAGAGUAUACUGAAUGAUGCAGUGGCUAUUGUUUUGACGACUGCUGUGCUUGACUCUAAUGAUCCAUUUAUGUCCACCGGAGAGGCCAUUCUCUCUGCCAUUAAUAGGUUUUGGUUAAUGUUCUUUGCAUCUGCCGGUAUUGGUGUCCUCUUUGCACUGGUUAGUGCUCUUCUAUUAAAGCAUGUUGAUUUACGCAAAAAUCCUUCUCUUGAGUUUGGUAUGAUGCUGGUCUUCACUUAUGCACCUUAUGUCCUGGCUGAGGGUAUACAUCUUUCAGGUAUUAUGGCAAUUCUAUUCUGUGGUAUUGUAAUGUCCCACUACACCCACUUCAACCUGUCCACCGUGACACAAGUGACCAUGCAGCAGACAAUGAGAACAUUGGCAUUUAUUGCUGAAACUUGUGUCUUUGCCUAUUUGGGAUUAGCCAUUUUCAGUUUCAAGCACCGUGUGGAGCCGGCUCUGGUGGUUUGGAGUUUGGUGAUGUGUCUCCUAGGCAGAGCGGCAAACAUAUUCCCACUGGCACUACUCUGCAACAAGUUCAGGGAGCACAAGAUCACUAAGAAAAUGAUGUUUAUUAUGUGGUUCAGUGGACUCCGAGGCGCCAUAUCGUACGCGCUGUCCCUCCACCUCGGGUUCUCCGACGAGACCCGUCACGUGAUUAUAACGACCACCCUUAUUAUCGUCCUCUUCACCACGCUGUUCUUUGGUGGAUCUACUAUGCCCCUGUUGAAGUUUUUACGGGCCAAUAAGAAAACAAAGAAAUCGCGGUCAUUGCGUAAGCAGAAGGAAGUAAGCUUGUCCAAGACAAAGGAGUGGGGUCAGGCUAUCGACUCUGAGCACCUGUCGGAGAUAACUGAGGAGGAACUGGAGGUAAAUUACUCGCAUGCGACCCGCCUGCGCGGCUUCGUGAGGCUGGACAUUAAAUACCUGAUUCCAUUCUUUACUAGGAGAUUCACGCAUCAGGAACUGAAGGACUGUAAAAGCCAGAUGACAGACCUGACCAACCAGUGGUACCAGGCUAUACGAAUAACAAACGAUCGCGAGACAGAUGAAGAGGACAUCUUGCCGCAAAGCUCUCUGUCUAACUCCAACAGCAGCCUCCAGAGGGGUGUCUAAAAUAUAUGUCUGUACCGCAAUCCAGUAAUCUAUUAUGUAAGUGAAUCAUGAAUGCACAGAUGAAUAAUCGAGACUACUAAUCUCCAUAUGAUCUCACCGAGAUAUUUUUACUAGAUGACAGAAUACUUAAGCAAUCCCAGUUUCAUGCAAUAUUUAUGAAACUAAGACCUGGUAUUUGGUGACGCCAUCUAUUGGAACUCUUUAUUUAUAUGGAAAUUAGGGAGUCUGUUGGGGCUUGUGCACAAAUCACGCGAGGCUUUUUCGGCUAAUUUUUUAACUAUUUUACACUACCAAGGCUCGGAAAUCGCUAAAAUUCCCAAAACGUUAUCAUGUACUUGGCGGAGAACCUUUUAAUUUUCGUUUCGCUCGAAAAUCCAUUAUUUUAAAAAGAUUUUUAUGAGAACAGUUCGUCAAAUUAACCGGUUUAGAGCAAUAAAAACCGGUUUCUCCCUAGGUCGGUCUUUAUUUUUACGCGGCACACCACCAGGCCGACCUGCCAUUUCGUUGCUCGUCGAAUAAACCGAUUUUUUAGGUUACAAUAAAGUUCUUAAAAAGUUUGGAAGAAAACGGAAAUAAACCGGAUUUUAUAUACCGGUUCCCAGCCUUGUACACGAAAUCUUUGUCGCAUCUAAAAUUCCCGAGGUAUGCUAAUAAGCCUCUAUCGAGGUUUUAGUAAUAACCGUUUGGAGUGUCUUUGACUCUCUCUAGUAGUAAGUAUGGCGUGAUUAGAUCUUUGCAGAAGCUAUGCUUAACGUUCUAUCUUAACGUUGUAUAUAUUUAUUUUAUUUUUUCAUUCGACCUAAUUUUAAGAUAAAUAGUAUUGUAUAGAGUAAAUCUUGUUUAUACUCGCUAUUUUGAACUGCCAAGUGAAGAUUUAUGUUUAACGAAACCGAGAAAAAGUAUGUGGUAGAUAUUUUUCAUAGUUUAGUUCACUACACGUGAGGUCUCCUUAUACCCCCCCUCCCCCUCCCCCCUUUCGAAUUUCGCGUUAUUUUUGCACAAGCCCUUGGUGGUCUGUUGGUAAAUGUUAAACGUAUUGAUUUAAUCAAUGUUAAUUGUCUGCGCUUCUAUGUUGAACGUAUAUUUGUGGUUUUUGGAUUAUUAUAGAAGUUUAUAAUUACAAUUGAGUAUUGUGACAAAGUCAGUGAUUGUGAUAGCAUAUUGUUAGAUUUUCUGAAUAGGCGGGUCCACAAUGAGCGAGCAUACCCGCGAGGCAAUUUCCUCGCGCACAAAACGGCGAGUGUAGACGUGCCUAGGCAGAGGCGGGCGAGAAAACGCGCGCGCCGCCUCGCGCGUACGCUCUGUGGACCCGCCUAAUGGGUUGUAUAUUGAAAUUAAAACAGUGCAAUGAAAGCUUUAUGUUUUAGUAGAGAGCUGUAGGUUGAGGGCUCUAUAAGGGUUCAUUAAGAGUCAUUGCAUAAUUUUCAUAUUAUUUUGUACUUACCGAAACGUAUUUUAAUUUUUUUGGGUUUAUUGUUUUGUAAAUAUUUGUUUACAUUAUUUUGUAUGUAAUGUAAUGUUUAGUUAGAUAGUUUUAUAGUCAUUGUGAGUACACAAAUGUGAUAUAAGUUAUUCUUUAAAGUGACAACAAUUGUAUUGCAAAUAUGUUCCUAAUAUUUAUAUUAUAUUAAUUUAUGAAAAAAAUGGGUGGAUAUUUUAGUCCUGAACUAGAUCAUUUCAUCUUUGAAGUAAGAGAGGAACAACAUUGCAUAUUGCAGAGUUAUUUAUUAUAGAUCGUGUCAUUCACGACGACGCCUGCCUUGACUCGUAUUGUGAUGUUAUUAAAGGUUAGAUUUGACAAAUCUGCGCGUCAUCGUGUAUGACACGAACUAUAUUUUAUUGAUGAUGAUUAUUAAACAAAAAGCAAAUAACGCAGUAAAGUUGGCACUUAAAAACCACCCUUUUCUGUUCUCAACUUGAAUACCCCUGUUAAGGUACCUGCAUAACAGUGGCGGAUCGUUCAAGGAACUCGAUUCCCACCGGCUUGUCUAAUUUCAGCCCGUUGAGUACUUUCACGAUCGGUUUAUGGAGAAAAGGAAAGCAAAAUUAGCUCCGGGUUCCCUACGAAUAUUUGUGACGCGCCGCCACUGCUGCAUAAUAUAUUAUAACUUUAUGAUAAUUAUCUAAGACGCUAAAGAACAUUCUACCUACUUAAACUAUUGAAAUAUUUCAAAAUAUUCGGAAAUUGUGUUAUUCCUAAUUAAAAUUAGGAUUGUAAUGGAGUAAAUAAGUGCCUCUAUUUCGUCCAUUCUGUAAUUUUCAUUUAGAAAUUUCCAUAGUCAUGUGAUUAGAUACAAUUGUAAAAUCUGUAUACUGUGGACUUUCAAAUGACCAUUUCCAAGAAUUUAUGUAUUUCUGAAUAAUUUUAUCUGACUAUUUUUAUGUCUGAAAUGCACUUGAGAUUAGAUAGUAGCUAUAAUAAGAUUUUGGUAUAGUGUUUUGAUUGCUCAUACCAUACCCAUAAUUGAACAGUUAAUAUUCCCAGUGAAUAUUUUUUUAUUAUUAUUUGUAAUCUGUAACUAAUACCUACUUAUGCAGUAUGCCCCUUAUUCAUAUUAAUAGCAUGCCUCUAUUAUUAAAAACAGGUUUUGUCUCUUUAUGAUAAACAUGAAUUUCAAAUCUAAUCAGAUGAAGACAAACAUUUUAAAGCAGUUUUAAAAAUAGAUUGUUCUCAUUAUGAGGUAUAUGUUUCAAAGUCAAACUCAAAAGCAUUUAUUGCAAACAUAUUACAAGUUUUAAAACAGUACCAUUCAUAUGAGCACAACAAUUUUAUUAUUAAGGAGUAUUUAGGUAAAUUCGGAAAUUGGGUAAUCAUGAAAUACAUUUCAAAAUCACUCACUCUGUUGUAGUAACUGUGCCCCUCUUCAGGAUUAUCCAGCACUUAACUGUUUUUUCCCUUCGGAAUUACCCAAAUACACAUUGCAGUUUAAUACAGUUAUUUAUAUUUUUAUUGACCAUUGAGAUUGAUGAAUAUUAAUAAAUAAAAUUGAGUAAUUUGUUUCACUAGCACAAAGAAGUUUGGAGGAUAAUAAAAAAAGUAUUUGAAACUAAUAUUAUUUAAGCAUUAAGAGAUGUGUUAUUUAAACAUAUCAGCAAGGUUAUAACAUGCUGAUUCAUAUCUUGCUGUUAAUGAGGCUGCAGUGAACAUCUGACAUGUCAUACAACUUGUAAGAACAUUGAUACUAGUUAUUGUUGUACAAGUCAUAAUAAAAUGUAUCUUAUGAAAUAAAAAUUGUGACACUGC